CGCGCAUGCGCAGUGCGGGGAACGUAGAGACAGAGGAAAUAUCAACAGCAUGUUCGUGGUUACUGUAUCUUUUUUUAGCCGCACUGCGCAUGUGCAGUGGGAACAAUGUGGAAAAUGAGCUGUAGCCUUUUUUCUUUGGGGCUUUUAGGCUGAUUGAUGGUUUAUGUGUGAGUGUGAGUGUGUGUGUGUGUGUGUGUGUGUGUGUAUGUAUGUGUGUGUGUGUGAAUGCGCGCGCACGCGCGUGUGUGUGUGUGUGUGUGGGGCUGAUAUUACAGACAAGGAUUAUUCCGUCCUCUGUAUUUUUUUAAAGCAAAAUAAUGUCCUCGAAUAAAGUGAAGAAAGUGAAAAUGGCAACUAAAUCGUGUCCGGAAUGUGACCAACAGAUCCCUGUGGCCUGUAAGUCGUGCCCUUGUGGUUAUGUCUUCAUCAGCCGAAAGCUGCUCCGAGAGCCGCCUGCUAUGGACAAAUCGGAUGCGAAGAGAAGACGACCUGAAAGAAUCAGAAGGGAGAAGAUCAACUUAACAUCCACCAACGACAUGGAGAACAGGAGGCGGUCCCGCUCCAACAGCCAAUCGGACACCAUCCGGAGAGGGCGGGGCCGGCCAAAGACCGUGGGCUUGAAGAAGCAGGAGGAGGAAAAAGAGAAACAGGAACGGGAGGUGGAUAUUUACGCAAACCUGUCAGACGAGAAGGCUUUCGUGUUCUCCGUGGCCUUAGCCGAGAUCAACCGUAAGAUCCUGGGCCAGAGACUGAUCCUGUAAGGGGCGGAGCCUCACAUGAUCGACAGGUGAAAGCUCAGGACUCGUGGCCCUCCGGGUCACACGUGUGUCCGUUAGGAAGGCGUGAGGUCGGGACUGACGAGCAUUUCGCUCGAGCGGCCGGUCGACGGCUCACGGAGUCACGCAAGGACGACGGGACGGUUGACAGUGACUCUUAUUUUAAAUAUUGUACACAGGGACAUGUAGGAAUCUUCUCUAUUUAUCUUCAAGCAGAUUUUAUGGAAUGUAUUAUAAAGAAGGAGUGUUUUUUUAUUUUUUAUUUUUAUCUAACUUGUGAUUUGUGCACGCAAACACGAUGCUCGAGUUCUCACUCACAUUAAACUUUUUUUUUUUUGCAAUUUUUUAAAAGAGCAGAAGGGUUUUUUAAUCAUAAUGAAAUAAAAUAUAACAUUUACAAUGUAUUAAAGGAAUAUUUAGGCCAAAAUAUAUAUAUAUAUAUAUAUAUAUAUAUAUACACAAAUUAGUAUAGCUAAGACUUCUUGAUUGUUUAAGGUGAAAGGAAUGUUAAUAGCUACCAGUUUAGCAUGAAAACACACCAUUUAGCGUAGCAGGGCUACUUUUACAUCUGCACAGAAAACAUCCAUAUUAAAUAUAUAUAUACAGUAUAUGAAAAAAAAAUUUAGCUGUAUUGUUUCGGUCAACCGUCAAUCAUUAGGCCACGCCCCCUUCUUGUGUGUGAUGGAAGGUGGUCACACAGUGUGAGAAACAUGCAGUUGCACAAUGCUUAACUGGAGGCUUUAUGCUUUCCUUUCACAUUUCACACACAACAUUGUUCAGCUUCUUGUAUUAUUAUUAUUAUUAUUAUUAUUAUUUUUUUUUAAUUGUUAUUCUUUUUUUUGUUGUUUUUUUUACUUUAAAAUGCAACAAAUGUGAAGCGUCGAAUUUCAGGUCCUGUUUAAAUCUUGCAGUAAUGAGCUUUUCUGGUUACGAUUACAAGUGUGGACCUGACUGGAGAUCCUCCAGAGGUCUUGGGUGAGCGAUUAGAUUUGGUCUUAUAGUGUGUGUGGCUGCAGCCACAGAGAGUGAUGACCUAAAGAAGAAGCCACUACUUGGGCUUAGAAAGCCCCACAGCGGACAGAAGGAGCUCCACAGUGGACAGAAUGAUCCCCUGCUUGGCCAGAGGAAGCCUCUCAGAGGAAGAAGCCCCUGCUUGGCCAGAGGAAGCCCCACAUUGAACCUGACAGAUAAUUUAAGGUGUAAACAGGACCGUACUGUACGGAGUUCUUCAUCCAGGUCACAGAUCUAAACGUCAUGUUUAUCAGACGCCGUCUGUGUCUCUCACACCGAGCUUGUCGUAAACUGAUCGACGACUCCUCUCUAUUUAUUUCGGACGUCCCCGUCAGCCGUUCUGCUUUGUAAAUGCAAACGAUCCAAAAGUAUAUUGGGUCUCUGAAUAUAACGCCGGGGAACGAACUUUAUUUAUUGGUGCUUUUCCGCUCUAAUUUAAGGUCAUCUUUUAUUUUAUGCACCACCACUUUUGUUAUAAUUAAUGUUUAUUUCACGAAGGGUUAAAAGCGAAAAUGUGUAAUAAUCAUCACAACUUUAUUAAACAUCAGAGG